GUUGGGGUCCUGGCCAGGGCCUUUCGUCGUGGCCCAUCGUGCGUCUUGCCCCCCGCUCGCUGCAUCCGGACGGCUUGGCGGUCUUGCGUUGCCGUGCACCCACUCGCCCGCAGUCGCCAUGUCGCCGUUCAUAAGCCGGUCUUCCGCCUCGCGUUCUUGGAGCGGCACUCCGAUCCCUCGCCAGCUGCAGUGGGUCUCCCUCUCAUCCCUCUUCGCGCUCGCCAUGUCGGCCGAUCCUGCCGUCCCUUUCCUCAUCGCCAUCUUCAACAACGGUGCGCCUGGCCAGUCUGUCCUCGUCAACAUCGGCGGCCAGGCCAGCUCUCCGCCCGCGUUCCCACACGAGGCAUCCGCCGGUGGUGCGGUCCUGGGCUCCGAGAACACCGUUCUGGCCUUCCAUGAUCUCAACUCGCUCUUGCAAAAGAUCUCCAUCGACUUUGGCCUCGAGUAUCCGCGCCUGACCCCACACCCUGUCGAGUCCACCCAGCUGCUUCUCUCGUCGCUGCCCGACCAGGCCACGACCAUCCGUGAUCUGAGAUCCAGCAAGCUAUGGUUUGCGAGCUCGGCUGCGGCUCGCAACCGGCUGCCGCUUCCGCCAGGCCCUCCUCCCAAGCCAUUCAUCGGCAAUACUCUCGACUUGCUGCCGAUCCCAGUGAUCGCCAUCUAUGAGCUCGUCCAGAAAUACGGCCACUUUUUCCCGCUCUCGUUCGGCGCCCGCAAUGUCCUUGUCGUCUCGGAUCCGUAUCUGAUCCAGGACAUCAUGAGGCAGGACGAUGCCUUCUCCAAGCUCACAAACAACGGUGCGCUGCACUACCUCAAGCCCAUCACCGGCAACGGUCUCUUCACUGCCAACGACCACGAUGUCGAAUGGGGCCGCGCCCAUCGCAUUCUUCUACCCGCCUUUUCGGUCAGGGCAUUGAGCUCGUCGAUCCCCAUGAUGAACGAGCAAACCUUGCUCUUGGUCAAAGCCUUCAAGACACGCUUCCAAGACACGAAUACCUCCUUCGAUGUGUCUGACUGGAUGUCCAAAGUCACCUUGGAUAUCGUGUCUCUCUUUGGCUUUUCAUACAAGCUGGACUCAAUCUCGAACGCAGAGGAGCACCCGUUUGUUACCAACAUGGUUUCGCUGUUCGAAAGCGCCAUGGAGAAGGUCAAGGCCGGUCCCCUCAACGGCAUUGUGGAGCAGAUCGACUGGGUUACUGGGGGCCAUUCGAAAUCCAAAGAUGACAAGGCCGCGCAGUUCAUCAAGCAAACCGUCAACGACGUCAUCAAGCUGCAUCAAGAGCACCCAGAGCAGUACUCGGACAUGUGCUCGAGAAUGCUGGAGCUUGAGGAUCCCGAGACCGGAGAGAAGCUUACUCCCGAAAACAUCUGCUAUCAAAUCGUCACUUUCAUGAUUGCCGGGCAUGAAACCACCUCGGGUCUCCUUACCUGGACGCUCUAUAUGCUUGCCACCCAUCCCGAUGUCGAGCUCAAGGUUCGUCGAGAAGUUGAAGCCGUGUUUUCCAAGACAAACGGCACACUUGAUGACAAGAACGUCAGCGAGCUCAAAUACACAUUAGCCGUUCUGAAGGAGACCCUGCGUCUCUAUCCUUCUGCCCCCGCCUUUGCUAAAACCUGCAUCAAGGACACCUUUGUUGGCCCUUAUGCCGUCAAGAAAAACACAGGCAUCCUCUUCCAUGGCAUAGCUACCCACAGAAACACCUCUAUCUGGGGUCCAAAUCCUGAACAGUUCAAUCCCGACAACUUUUUGCCUGUGAACGAAUCCAAGCUUCCUCAGUACUCGUAUAUUCCCUUUGGACUGGGCGCCCGCGCGUGCAUCGGCUCGCAGUUUGCCCUGAUCGAGGCCCGCAUUGUGCUGGCUCAUUUGGUUCACAACUUCAAGUUCUCCCUUGCCGAAGAUGCUGACCCCACCAUGCACGUCAAGCUGACUCUGCGACCCCAUGGCAUCCGCUUCCGACUCUCGUCUCCGGAUCCGCUCCCUCCAGCGGAGCCGGAACCUGUCCCUGUGGCGCCAAAGUCAGCCAACGACACGACCUCGACCUCAGGCCAAGUCGCCACGGCCCCGGAGAAGCUCACCAUGUCAGCAGAUGUUCUUUUUGCGGCACCACGCAAUGACUUACUUCCCGUCGACAAGCUCCUGGUUCUCUACGGUACCAAUAUGGGCACCAGCGAAGAUGUGGCCAGAGGCCUUGGUGAUGCCGCCAACAAGCUUGGCUUCAACACGACGGUCGAUACCCUUGACAACUACGCCAACGGCAAGCUAUUUGACGCAAAGUUCAUCGUUGUUGUAACGUCCACGUAUAACGGCCAUCCUCCCGAUAAUGCCAAAAAGUUUGCUCAGUGGAUUUCGAAACAGUCUGGAGCGCCGCUCAGCGGCUCCAUCUACGCAGUUUAUGGCGUUGGAAACAAACAGUGGAAGACCUAUCAAGCCUUCCCCGGUCUCGUCGACAACGCUCUGUCCAAGCUCGGAGCCGCCUCGCUGUUGCCGCGUGGCUGCGGAGAUGUGGACGGUGACUUUGAUGGAGAUAUGCUCCAGUGGACCUCUCACUUCUGGAGCCGCGUUGCCUACAACUUCAAAGUCUCGACCACGGCCACGGGCGAUGUCCUUGAGACAUCGGCCGCGCCGAACAGCAUCGAGGUAACCUGGCUUGGUCCCGACACCGACGCAGCAACGCCAAAGCCCAAUCCGGCCGCAUCCCAGUCGCUCAAGAUGCACAAAUACAUUCUCAAGGAGAAGCGCAUGCUGACCCAUCCCGAGGCACUCAAAGCAGCAUGGUAUCUCGAUCUUGAGAUUCCAAGCAACGAGGCGUGCCAAUACCAGGCUGGCGACCACUUUGCCGUCUUCCCUGUCAACCCCGACUGCGACAUCAAUGCGCUGAUCGAGCGUCUCGACCUUGACGGCCACAGCGCCAACGAGAUCAUUCAGCUGUCUAACAAGUACUCGGUUACCAAGAGGGAUCUCCAAAUCUUCGACAUCCCCGUCUCUUUGAUGAACACCUUGCGUGCCGGGGUCGAUAUUCGUGCCAGUCCGUCCCGAAGCUUUAUCAAGUUCCUGUCCGGCUGUACGGAAUGUCCGCCUGAGAAGCAGGCACUGCUGAAGCUGUGCGGAACCGACGCCGAGUCCAUGAAGGCCUAUGCCGAGGAGAUUAUGAAGAACCAUGUGUCGAUCGUGCAGCUCAUUGCGAAAUACAAGAGCCUGAGGAUUCCGCUCAGCCAGUUCUUGGAGAACAUUCCGCUGCAAAAGCCAAGGCUGUACAGCAUCGCCUCGAGCCGACUGGUCAGCCGCGAUUCGCUUCAGCUGUGCGUCGGAGUGCUCCGUGAGGAAUUGACGGAUGCUCGAGGAAACACCGUAACAUACCAAGGUCUUGGAUCGACGUACCUAUCCCAGGUUGAGCCUGGACAAGUGGUUCUCGGACACAUUCGUCCACAUGGAUCAGAGUUCCAGCUCCCGGGAAGCCCCAGUGUGCCCAUUGUCAUGAUAUGCUCCGGCACAGGAAUCGCCCCAAUGAGGUCAUUUUUGCAGGAGCGCCAGGCCCUCCAGCAACAGGGCGCUGCCUUGGGCGAGGCGAUUCUCAUCUACGGCUCCAGGAACCCGGAUCUGGACGAGCUGUUUGGCGAGGAGCUUCGCGGAUAUCUCCAGUCUGGCGCCUUGACUCAUCUGGAGAGCGCAUACUCCCGCUACGGCCCAACGAAGCAGUACGUGCAGUCGGUGAUUGCGAACAACGAGAACGUGGCGCAAAAGCUCUGGAGCCUCAUCCAAAACACCCAAGCCAAGAUUUUGCUCUGCGGCAGCACCGCCAUGGGCAACGGUGUCCGCGCAAGCUUUGUCGAGAUGUUUGCCAAGGUUGGCGGCCUUGAGCCUCAAGAGGCCGAGGACUUGAUGACUCGAUUGGUAUCCGAGCAUCGCUUUGUACUUGAUGUGUGGGGAUGAAGAUCUCGAUGGACGAUUCCUCUCCCUCUUCGUCUUGGCCUUAUGCGCAUCCGAUUCGAUGCAAACAACGACUGGUAGAUGCGUGUCUUAUUAAAGCCUGGACCGAGUAUCACACUUCAAUGGCGGUGACGGCGGUGAGGCAACGAGCCACAUUGACAGGGCUGCUGAGAAGUGUGAGCGGUCGUAUUGCGGAAGGCACUAUUGCUCCAGCAGAAAUAUAUCGCAAUUGCAUAUCA